GGAAGGCUCAAGUAUCUUCUUACCCAGAGUCAGCAAUCCGUUGUUCCUACGGAAGCAAGCAUUACAUUACACGAAACGUGAUCGAAAGAUGUUUCAAAUGUAACAUCAACGGGCUCCCGCAUGAAUGAGAACACUCUCUCUUCAUGUCUGUAGAACCAGGUCUCCUCCCUAUGCUUCUUUUUUCUUUCGUCAUGGUAACUUCUGAAUUUGGAUUGCACUCCCUGGCGGUCAACAGGCAAAAAUGAUUUCACUGGUUUUUUGGGCUCUGAUUAAUAGUAUCAAUGCUUCACUGGUCGUAUUACCAUCACCCAUCCCAGCUAAUACACUCAAAGUGCCAAUCAUACUGGAGAAACGCCAAGUAACCACUUCCGCAGAGACAUGUGGGUACGCCAAUGGAAACGCAAUGUUUCCUCGAUCCGCGGCACCUGGAUACUUUUGCGGCAAAGACAUUCAGAACAGCUUAUGGGGCUUCUGUUCAGAUGCUGUUACUGCUGAUUGUGAACUAUAUGGGUACUGCUUUGAUAAAGGGGCAUGCUCUGCUGGUUGCGGGGUUUCCGGGUUGAUUUCUACGACUUGGUAUGUAUUGCUCUAGCCCUAGCUAUAGGAUGACACUGAGUUAUUCAACUAGCCAGCCUUAUUGCUUUUCGGAACUGCUGGUGUCUAAUUACCAGACCUAUACGCACAUUACGUGCGCAAAUGCUCCUGGCUCGGCCAUUUGGCUUGCCGUUCCCACUAUAACAUCUCCCUCACCAACAACUAUAUCUUCCUUAUCACGAGCAGCAGUAAGCAUAUCAACUCUGGAAAGAACAGUAACUGUGUCUUCUUCGUCAUUCGCCACGAAUCCUAAAGUGUCAACUUCCGCACCUGCUACCAUAUCAUCAACCACAGCCCUCGACCCAGCAGCUACAUCUAAUACUGGUAUAGCCUCAGUCAGCACAGAAUACUCAUCAAGCAGCAUGCCAGUAGGGGCUAUCAUUGGCGGGGCUCUCGGAGGUCUUAGUCUCAUCCUUCUUACAGUCAUCGCGCUUGUCAUGUUGAAGAGACGACAUAUAUCUACCCCAAAAAUCGUAAAAAAUGAGCCAGCUAGCGAGUUACCAGGCACGACAGCUAGAAAUGAAAUCUUUGAGAUCCAUGGUGGUCAAGUUGAUAGGCACGCCUCUGUGCUUUGGAGCCCGAGUAUGGUACGGGAAACGAGUACUGCUGCUUUUUCAGAAAUUCAUUGAAGAAUGGUUGAUUUGCUACUCCGUCGUUAAAUCAGGAUAUCGAUCUCGCAUGAUGAGCAAUAGUUAAGAUAGUGAUGUUUAGAAGAUGUAGAAUAGUGUGAUAAACUGCAGGACCUCGGAGUUCUUAUUCAGUAGAUUUAAGAGUAGAUCGACAAUUUGAGACGAUUUCAGUAGUUAGAGGGUUCAGCUCCAGUUCCGAAAUACUAUUUGAAGGUA